AUGUUGUGCUUACUCUACCUUUUCUCGGCGUCAGUGAUUACCAUAGAAGCAGCAACCCAUGAGGAUUUGACAAGACUUCACGAAAAAUUGAUGGCAAAUUAUAACAAGGACUUGCGUCCGACCUUUAACAUUUCACAACCAACAAAAGUGUAUCUUGAGUUUCAGCUUCUCUCGUUGAGAGAAUUCGAAGAAAAAACGGGUAAAUUUGCAGUUGUAGGAAUGUUCGCCAUAUUUUGGCAUGACUUUCAAAUGGAAUGGAAUCCUGAAAAUUUCGGUGAAAUUGAUCACACUUUUCUUCCCCAGAGCUCUGUGUGGACACCUGAUAUCAUACUUAUGAAUCCCUUUGAAAAAAUAGAGCCUCCUGGCUUCGACAGACAAAAAGUAGGGAUAUAUAAUAGUGGAUUAGUGAUCUGGGGUCCUGACGAUGUGUAUGAGGUAACGUGUCAAGCUGAUGUUACAUUUUAUCCGUUUGACCAGCAGAAAUGUUCUUUGUUUUUCGGUCUUUACAUGGUUACAUUGAUAGAUGUGAUCAUUGAAACAUUCUCAGAUGAUAUUCAAACUGAUUUUUAUUAUCCCAACGGAAUAUGGGCAUUACAAAAUACAACCUGCGAGGUUUAUCCUGUCAUGAACUCACCAACACUGGCAGUGACGAUUGAGAUAAAAAGACGUCCAAUGUUUCAAGUUAUAAACACCAUUGUACCAUUCAGUGUUUUAGGUCUGUUGAACGUUCUGGUGUUUCUUCUCCCCGCUGAGUCCGGUGAACGUGUUGGUUUUACUGUUACAGUCUUGCUAGCUAUUGCUGUGUUUAUGAGUAUUGUGACGGAGACUCUUCCUGGAGCAAGCGAGCCUUCUUUCCCUCGACUGUGUUAUCUAUUGGCGGCGGAACUCUGUAUCAAUGCGCUGGUGACGGUUUGUACAAUCCUAAUAUCAAGAUUAAAUCAUAAACCGAAGCACGAAACUGUUCCCUUUUGGCUUCAAUAUAUAUCAUGCAAAUGUAUUUGUUACCACGCAAAAAAACAAAAUAAGUGAUAAACAUCAAAACAACAC